AAAAAAAAAAGAAAAGAAAAAAAAAAAAAACAAUGCUAUGCUGGCCUAUUUCCACAUGCACAGAUCUAAGCGAGUGAAAAUCAUCAUGCAGGGUAUCUCAAAACGAACAAAAAAAAGACAGCUUCUAUCGAGGAUGCGUCGAAGUCGCACAGGUAGUGGUUCACAGUGGAUAGGUAUCAACGCGGAUGCGAGCUAGAAAAAAGGGUGAUCAGGCUGUUUGAUCGACCGUUAUUGCGCAUUGUGUCCCGCUGAUCCUUCCAUCCCACCGCCUCGUCGGAGCUCGGGCACAGCGAUCGAUUUUUCAAUGUCGGUCGGGCGCCAUUGGGCAGAGGCGAGGGGGGGUCGGUGGAACCGGUCCUUCUCCGAGGGGACAGAAGUCCGCUACUCGACGAUUCAGAGGAAUCAACUGCGCCAGCACAGUGGAGUCUGGGGGGUCUCCCGCACAUAGGAGACGGUAUUUGAGCGAGUGGCCAAAAAAAAGGAAGAAUGAAAAACACCAAAGAACCAAGACGUCAAGACUGGCUGAUUCUUGUUUCGUAAGAACGAUCGCAAAUGGUAUAUAGCGAAGGUGAUGACGAGGGGCGAAUUCACGAUGAUGUUGUUUUCUUCUUUUCUUGUAGGUUUGGGGUUGUUAUUGUUUUGGAAGGAUUCGCUUCAGCGAACGAAGCCGACCAUAGAGGCGCAGCGACUGCAGUAAUAGGAAUUCAUUCCGAAACGAACCACGCCUGGGGAGGACUCAUUUUCCAGACACAGCGAGCGCUGGCAUCGCGAGCAGCGGACGAUGUCGAACGACAUGGAGUCGGGCGGGGAAUCCGGCGAUGGAUGGGAGGAAACGCCCUUGGUGGUGUUGGGUUGUGGCUGGACUUGGAGCGAGGGAGAGCUCAUGGUGUCGACAAUAGGAGAGAUCGAAACCACUUCGCGCGGCAACCCAGGUCGCCGUUCAAAUAGUGCGACCAGGUCGAUUUGGGGGUGUGGUCUGAUUCUGAAACUUUCCGGAUCGCAGGUGCGUUGAUGCCGAAUGUCGAAGGGAGGAAGAGAAACGGGAGGAAAAUCGAGGAGGGAAAAUAUCGAGCCAAAAGUAUAAUCGACUACUGAAACAGGUAGUGAUUAAAAAAAAAAAAAAACAAGGCUGAGUCAAGCCACCGUCAAUGGAUAUCCACGAGGUUCAGAGCAGAAGACCAAUAAUGUUCGUAGGAUGUUUAGGCAGGAAAGGAUCCGAGCACAAGGAUGAGUUUAGAGUGUGAUGGGAUUGAAACAGGGAAGAGAGAGCGAAGAGGGAAAGGUUGGAGGAGAGAGAGGGGGAGUUUUAAGAUGAAGAUACAGAAAGAGCAGAGCUGUGGAUGGAGAUGGAAGAGUCAACAAUGAAAUGAUUCGAACCAUUCAAAACCGGGAAAUCAUUCGAAUGAAAUAGAGAAAUCAUAAAAUAAUCGUGGAGU